UGGUGGGGGGAGGCCCGAGGCGUCCGCGGUGCGCAGCUCUGCCGGAGUGGACGCAGCCCCUGCGGUGGCGGGACGGAGGGCGGCGCGCGGCGGACCGGGCGGUGGUCCCAAGACUUGGUCACCGCCCCCAAGGACAAAAGCCCCCUCCCUGGAGCUGACCCAAGAGCAGAUGGCGGGGGACACAGCCAAACCCUUUGAGUUGGACCAGGAGAAAUACGAUGCGGAAGACAGUGUGAAGAUCAUCUGCCUGGGGGACAGCGCUGUGGGCAAGUCCAAACUCAUGGAGAGGUUUCUCCUGGACGGAUUUCGGCCCCAGCAGCUGUCCACCUACGCCCUGACCCUGUACAAGCACACGGCCACAGUGGACGGCAGGACGGUGCUUGUGGACUUUUGGGACACAGCAGGCCAGGAGCGGUUCCAGAGCAUGCACGCCUCCUACUACCACAAGGCCCACGCCUGCAUCAUGGUGUUUGACGUGCAGAGGAAGGUCACCUACAGGAACCUGGGUACCUGGUACGCGGAGCUUCGGGAGUUCAGGCCGGAGAUCCCUUGUGUCCUGGUGGCCAAUAAAAUCGACGCCGACAUAAAGAUGACCCAGAAAAGCUUCAGCUUUGCCAAGAAGUUCUCCCUGCCCCUGUACUUUGUCUCAGCUGCGGACGGCACCAACGUCGUCAAGCUCUUCAACGAUGCGAUUCGAUUGGCCGUGUCUUACAAGCAGAAUUCCCAGGACUUCAUGGAUGAGGUUUUGCAGGAGCUUGAGAACAUUGAUUUGGAGCCGGAGGACGAGGAAGACCGGCCCGACCAAGAGCAAGAGCAGCAUGGCCGCCCCGAGAGCCCGGCCCCCUCCUGAGUCCCAGAAGAAGGCGCCUCCCACCCUCCGGCAGCCCUCCAGCCUGCCCAGCCACCAACCCUUCCACCGGGAGCCCCUCCUGCACUUCAGGCCGGGGCGGGGGGGCCCAGCCCCAGCAAGCACCAUUGACACGGAGAGGAGGUCCGCCCCAGGCCCCGAGGCAGACUGAGGAACCGCUCCCUCUCCCCAGGGUCAAUCGCGAGAGGCUCCAGGAGCAUGCUUGGUGUGUGUCUGAGAUGAAAGGACACUUUGGCCGCUGUUUCGUCUCCCAGAACUGACCUCAGCCUGUUCGUUGCAUGUCCACCGAGGGCGUGACUUCUAACCCUGACUGCCCGUUCCCAUCCCUGCAGAAAGUGGGGGCUCCAUCCUUUUCUACUUCCAGUUUCCAAGCCAACCUUUUUAAACACUGGGUUUGAGCAGAGAGCUGUUCAUGCCACAGGUGUUUCAGGAGCCCUUCUAGGUACGACCAGAACAUCAGUGCCGGGCCAGGGUCACAGGCACAGGCGUGCCAUCAAGAUCCAGUGAGCAGGUGACAGGUAUGCCGUACCUGGUGCACAGACAUCAUUGCUGGUAAACAUGGAGGGUCAGAACAGGCUCUGUGAGGCGUGCCGUGCCAUUUUGGAUGAGAGACCCUGCAAGGAGAGUGUCACUGAAAAUCCCAACCUCAGUGCUAGGCGCUGCCUCAGAGCCUGAGUGCCACCGUGGGCGCAGUGCCGGGACAGGCCCCACUGCCCCGUCCCCGUCUCCACAAAGCCUGCGGCUCUCCCAUGGGUUUUACCAAUCAUUCUGUAUGUCAUCUCCGUCGUGUGUGUUUAUUUCCUGUGUUCCCGCUCACAGUAAAGGUUGAACUACAUGAA